AAGCCUUCGGGCAUGCAUUGCAUAAAACGGUGUUUGUGAUUUGGUUGGGCGGUUGGAAAAUACCCUUGGGAGGCAAUCGCUUGUACGAUUGUUGUCGGAGUUCUUGUUUUGAUGGGUGGCUUUGUGUUCUGCAUGGCCACGGUCUGGCGUUUGGGUUGGUCUUUUCUGCAGGUUGUUCUACUCCUAGUGGUUGAACUGACCCUCAGUCCUGAUCUCGCAUCGCGGCUUGAGAUCCGAGGUUGUAGGCCUGAAACGGCCUCCCAACGAUCAACAAAAGCCAGGUGUUUGAGAUUGGGCUGGGGGGAGGCAAGGUAGCGAGACUUAGAAUUACCUGCUUGAUUGUGUUAUUGUGGUGUAUUGUAGACGGAAGGAACUGGCACUGUAACGAAAUGAAC